CCCAGGAAGUAAAGUCAGACCGGCUGCUGCUGCUGCUGCUGCUGGAGGAGAUGUUGACUUUUAGUUUAACACUCGUGAGACACGGCGAAACACAGUACAACAGAGACAAGCUGCUACAAGGUCAAGGCGUGGACACGCCUCUGUCAGAGACAGGUGUGCAGCAGGGUGAGGCAGCGGGACGUUACCUCCGCGACGUCGCGUUCACCAAUGUGUUUGCCAGUAACUUGCAGCGGGCCGCGCAGACGGCUGCAAUAAUCCUGAGGAACAACACUCACUGCUCCGGCGUGGAGAUGCAGUUGGAGCCGUUACUGAGAGAGCGGAGUUUCGGCGUCGCAGAGGGGCGUCCCAAAGAGCAUCUGAAGAACAUGGCCAACGCUGCGGGUCAGUCGUGUCGGGACUACACUCCACCAGGAGGAGAAACCCUAGGUCAGGUGAAGCUACGAUUCAAAAAAUUCCUCCAAGUCCUUUUCAAGCAAAUGUUGAGUGAACGCGGGUCGUCGGGCUCGGGUUCCUCUGCCGGAGCGUCAGGAGACGGGGUUUCUGUAAACGGCUCUGCUGCUGCUGCUGCUGCUGCUGCUGCUGCUGCUGCUGCUUCCUCCGCGGAAGUCGCCUCGGUUGGUUCGGCCGAUGAAGGUCUGGAGGGACUGUCGGUCCACGCUCUGGUCGUGUGUCACGGCGCUUACAUCCGCGUGGCCGUGCAGCACCUCAUGGAGGACUUAAAGUGCUCCGCUCCUCCAGGGAUGAAGGCGUCUCAGCUGAUGUCCCCCUGUCCAAACACGGGCAUCAGCCGCUUCCUCUUCACUCUGAGCCAGAGCGAGUCCGGCCCGGUCCUCUCCUCCACUCGUUGUGUUUUCACCAACAGAAAACUUCACCUGGAAAAGCUCAUGGAUGAAAGUGUGUAGCAGUCGAGACCCACUGAGAUUUAUUAGCCAAAGAGAUUUGAUGAUUAUUAUUGUGUGUGUGUGUGUGUGUGUUUUAGACUCCAAACAUCAUCACAGUGUGAACAAACAAACAAUUUAUUCACACUGAAAACAAAUUGGCCCAGAAGCUAAAAUGUGGUCUCCAAGCAGGGACUUAAACUUCACGUCAUCAUCGAUAAUCAGCUGUAAACGAGAGGAGGAAAGAAAGACAACACUUCUUAUCCCCACCCACCCCUGCUCUGCUGCUGUAUACACGCAAACGUUCCCUACAUACACCAGACGAGUCGAGCCGUGACUGCGUCGUGUCAAUGCAUCGCAGGGAAUCACCGUCAGUGUCUGACUUCAGGCGUUCCUGUGUCAACGUCUACAAAUGGAACGCGGCGUAAUGUGACAUCGUCUGUUCACGACGCCCAAACAGUGGGUGGAACAAUAUCAACGACAACAGUCAAACGCUUUCCGCGUGUAUAACGCACAAAUUCACUUUAGUGGAAAAUUGUGUUGUCCUGUAUGAUAAACCGUCAUGGACGCUAAAACCAGAGGAAGUUAGCCGCUCAAAGUUAGCACAGACGACUGAAGACAGGAAGUUUCACUUUAAAUCAAACGUGUAAAAACUGUCUCACCGUCCUUGUUCACCUGUGUGUCAUUUAGGGACGCACCAUAAUGUCGGCACCGAUAUGGGAUUGAAACUGUUUGAUCUGAUAUCGGCAAAGAUGAAGAGAAACACUGGUUGUUUUCAGUUAUCGUGCGUCCUGAAAUAUUUAAUAAUAUUAUCGUUGUGACGUUUCUUUGACUUCAUUUCAUUUGAUGAUACCAAAGUUUUUAUUCAUCUCAGUGUUUGCAGCUGCUCGUCUCACUUGUGCAAUAUGAAAUGAAAUCUUUAAAGUGUUUAAUGCAAACUGUGUAUGAUUUACAACUAUAUAUACAUACAUAUAUACUGUAUAUAUGUAUAUAUCUCCACACACACACACACACACACAUUGAUUACUCGUAUUCCAAGUGUUUAAUUUCUUUUUCUUUUCAAGUGAUGACAAUAAAUAAGUUGUUGUACUCGGCUAA